AUGUCUACAAAUAAUACCAAGCUAAAAUUAAAGAUUAUCCUUCUGGGCGAUCUCGGUGUUGGAAAAACGAGUGUCCUCAACCAAUAUGUGUCUCAACUGUUUCCUUCCACUCAGUUCCUGUCACGAAUCCCGCCUGACUUUUUGGUCAAGCAUGCAACAGUCAAUGAUCGCCAGGUAACACUACAGUUCUGGGAUCCAGCUGGGCUUGAACGCUUUGGGCCAAUACACAAGGCAUGGUAUCGAAAUACCCAUUGCUGUGUGCUAAUGUAUGACAUAAAUAACGAGAAAAGCUUUCAAAGCUUAAAGAAUUGGCUGAAAGGGUGUUACGACGCUUGCUUCAAUCUGGAAAUCGACAAUUUUCCCGUCAUCCUGCUUGGAAAUAAGACUGAUGAUGGAGAAAACCGACAAGUAACUCCUGAGCAAGCCUUGCAGUUCUGUGCUGAAAACGGAGAUAUCCCAUACUUCGAGACUAGUGCUAAAGACGCUACGAACUUACACGAGGCUUUUGGGACCGCUGCAAGAUUCGCCCUUGGGUAUAAGGAUAUGUUGGAUAAGUUGGCUGAACACGACAAAAGUCUGGUGAGCGUGGAACAAUCCAACAGGAAGAAAAUGUGCUGGUAG